GAGCCGGGGGACUGGCGGGAGCUGCUGCUGCCGCGGCCGCUGCUGCGCGUGGUGUCCGGGGAGGGCUCGGGGCAGGGGUCCAGCCUCCCGCCCGGCCCCGCUCCCCGCCGCGGGCUGCAGUUCACCAGCGCGGCUCCCCCUCUUGCCGGGCCGGUGUAGCGGGCGGCGGCGGCGGCGGCUCUGCCCCGGCCCCCAUGGCUUCGGCCGGCAGCGGCAUGGAGGAGGUGCGCGUGUCGGUGCUGACCCCGCUCAAGCUGGUGGGGCUGAUGUGCAUCUUCCUGUCGCUGUGCCUGGAUCUGGGAGCCGUGCUGAGCCCGGCCUGGGUCACGGCCGACCACCAGUAUUACCUGUCCCUGUGGGAGUCCUGCCGCAAGCCCGGCAACUUGGACAGCUGGCUCUGCGAGUCCACCCUGCACAGCGACUGGCAGAUAGCGACUCUCGCUUUGCUUUUGGGCGGUGCUACCAUCAUUCUCAUAGCUUUCCUGAUUGGUUUGAUCUCUAUCUGUGUGGGGUCUCGGAGGCGGUUCUACAGACCACUAGCGGUCAUGCUCUUUGCAGCAGUUGUUCUUCAGGCGUGCAGCCUAGUCCUUUAUCCAGUCAAGUUCAUCGAGACAGUCAACUUGAAAAUAUACCAUGAGUUCAACUGGGGCUAUGGCCUGGCUUGGGGUGCAACUAUAUUUUCAUUUGGGGGUGCCCUCCUUUAUUGCCUGAACCCUAAGAUCUAUGAAGACUACUACUAGUGCCACUUUAGUUUGGGGGAAAAAAAUGGAAUAACAAAAGGGUUACUCCAUCUUUUCUAACUCGCUGUUUUUUAGAAUACUUGUGGAGCAUUAAGCAGUCGCUCUGUUGAUUUAAUAGCCUUUGCCUUUUGGCCGCAAACACUAUAACUAGCUUUUACAUCCAUUUAAGAGAACUGCAAAAAUUAAGAUUACUGAUCUUACACAGGCAAACGUUGCAAGCUGCUGAUACGUUAAUGUCAUUUUUCUUGACAACAAGCGAAGGAUCUACAUGACAGCGAUCAUUGUGAGGGACGUUGCUGGAGUGAAAAUGCAGUGCCUGCAUCUGCCAUCGCCUGCAGGGGAGCAGCUGGCAUAAGCUCCAUUUAGAAGUUUCCUUAUAUCGUGGAGGAUUCAGAUGUCAUGAUAAGCAGGUGGUGCCAUCUUAUAUCAAUAAGUGCUGUUGGGCCCUGGUCACUUGCUAGAAAAAGCUGUUGAGAAAUUAGUUGCAAAUGGCCAUGUGUUGGGGGCAGUGAAUGUAAAUGAUAAAUGAAUUUCGUAAUGUCUGCAUUGGACAGUUUGCUGAAAAAAAACCCGGGAGUUUAUGCAUUAGCAAGCCACAUCUUCCCUGCCAACUGUGGCAGAUCCCUGAGGGAAGUCAAAACCUGGAGACACGUGCUUCUAAUUAUGUGGCUGGAAGUUGUCUCAGCUCUGAGUAUUGUGGGGUGGGACGAGGGGUAACGGGGGCCUCAAAUUUCCCUGUGGCAAAUAAAAUGAGCUGCAUUUGUCUUCAUGCCCUUUUAAUUUCCAAACUGUGCAGUAGAAAUGCAUAAAUAACAAGUCCAACUAUUUUUAUAGAAGGCAUUUGUUAGUAUAAAUGAGUAUAUAUAUGUAAACAUAUAUAAACAUAUGCAGAGGAAGAAACACAUUACAUCUCAAAAUGGUAAUAUUUGCUGUGGUGCAGUGGUUAAAGCACUAACUUUGUAUGCCUUCUUAAGAGUCUUGGAUCGCUAUCUCCAUUUAGGGUCAGUAAUGCAAAAUAAACAUCUUAAAAUUGGUUGCUUUCUCUGUAUGCCCUUAUGCUCUGUUUUGAUGGGAAAUCUCUAAAAGGUCAUAUACAUUUGAGGUGGAAUUAAAUCUAAAAUAGCUAGUUGCUUGAUACUUAUUACAAGUAUUUAUUUUUUUUAAAAAAAGCUGUUUAAUGGAGAGAGACUACCACUUUCUAAAAAUCCAGUUAGUUUCUGUCUCUAAUUGAAAGAAUGUAGCUGAGAUCCAGUUACGUACAGUAUAAAAAUGUUAUCAGUACAGUAUGUACUCAAAUAUUUGUUUCAGAGUAGCAGCCGUGUUAGUCUGUAUCUGCAAAAAGAACAGGAGUACUUGUGGCACCUUAGAGACUAACAAAUUUAUUGAGCAUAAGCUUUCGUGAGCUACAGCCCACUUCAUCGGAUGCAUUCAGUGGAAAAUACAGUGGGGAGAUUUAUAUACACAGAGAACAUGAAACAAUGUAACAACAUGAAACAAUGGGUGUUACCAUAUACACUGUAACAAGAGUGAUCAGGUAAGGUGAGCUAUUACCAGCAGGAGAGGAAAAAAAACCAAACAAACCUUUUGCAGUGAUAAUCAAGGUGGGCCAUUUCCAGCAGUUGACAGGAACGUGUGAGGAACAGUAGGGGGGAAAAAUAAUUAUCACUACAAAAGGUGUGUUUUUUUUCCUCUCCUGCUGGUAAUAGCUCACCUUACCUGAUCACUCUCGAUACAGUGUAUAUGGUAACACCCAUUGUUUCAUGUUCUCUGUGUUUAUAAAAUCUCCCCACUGUAUUUUCCACUGCAUGCAUCUGAUGAAGUGAGCUGUAGCUCCUGAAAGUUUAUGCUCCAAUAAAUUUGUUAGUCUCUAAGGUGCCACAAGUACACCUUUUCAAAUAUUUGUUGUUCUCUGAGUCUAAAGGUUGAUUGACAUGCGUCUAUUUACUACUUGCUGAAUGUUUCCCACUUAAAACUUCCAGAGGCUAUACAAAUGAAAUGAGACCCAAAUUAAACUAGGGUGGAAUUUUUAAAUUGACUUACAUAGCAUAACUUUUAUUUUUGUUUAAUAUUUGCUUAUUUGGGUACUUUGGAUUAAUUGUGAACAUAUUUUUAUACAACUCUAAUAUACAACUUCAGAAAUAAUUAUUUUUGUUAAUUGAGAAAUUUAAAAUAUAUCCUAGUUGGGCCUCUGUAAGAACAGGGACUUUGAAGCUGUAAAAAUGCUUUCGUAUUGUUGAUGUAUUGCUGGUUCUGCAAAAGGAUUGCAGAAUUACUUAACAUUAGGACCACAUCCUAUAGUAUUAAAUGUACUCGCCACAGUUUUCAGAGAGAGGCAAUUCAGCAAUAGGUAUAGAAGAAGCGUAAACCUGCUUGUAGCCUGUUGUUCUUAAAAGUCUUUCUGUCAAACAAGACCCAGUUCUUAGCCAACAUAGGCCUCUCUGGGAGAGAAUGUGUAAUAUCACAGGAGAAUAGUCCACAUCAGCACUUUUCCCUGGAUCAGUGAUGAUUAGCUAGACUAGGAUGACAGAGCAAAAUAAUAGCUUCACUUAAAUGUUUUUGUGCAUCCUGCUGAAGAGCGAGGGCAAAAGGGCAUGAGGGAAAGGAGGAGAGCACCUUUCACUUUCUUGCAGGCAGCUGAGAAUCUUUGGAACUCUGCAUUUUUUCCUGCGUGACUUAAAGCCGAGGCCUGGCAUGUGGUUAACUGCAAAUCUUUCUGGACUGCAGCGUAACGCUGCUCUUAUUUAGCUGCAUUAGGAACAUUGUGUGAUGGAAUGGGAAUUAGGCUAAUUUUAAGAAGCCUACUGUGAGUGGAUCUCUGUUCCUUUUUAGGGGAGUGGUGGUUUGGUGCUGACCGUUACACAGCAUUUUGCUUCGUACAAGGAGAGGAAGCCGUACAAUGCUCGACCUAUGUCAUAUCUACUAAUCUUAAUAAACUCCCUUUCUCUUUCUGUGUAGCUAGAGAGAAGAUAUUCAGUGGGCUAUUGCAUAUACACAUAAGUUGCACAUAUACUGGAGAAAACACAAUUCAUAACACAAAAGGCCUUUAGGCAAAAAUUUUCAAACUUGAGUGCCUAAAGUUAGGAUCCUGUAUCCAUAUUUAGGCAUCAAAAAUCGGGGGGAGGGGGAGGCUUGAUUUUCAGAGGUUCUGAAUACCUACAACUUCCAUUGAAGAUAAUGGGAUCUACAAGUGAUCAGCACAUAAUCACAUAAUCAGUUCCCUGCCAUUGCAGCGGCCGUGGGCAUUGGUGGCAUCUUGGUCUCUUCUGUUCUCUGCAUGUGGGACAAAGUUUAGUUUCCUGAGGACUGAAAUGUUUUGUUCUAACUCAAACGCAUCUGAGUGAAAUUUAAUGGCCUGUGUUAUAUUGAUCAGUCUAGCUGAUCUAAUGGUCCCUUCUGGCCUUAAACUCUAUGAAACUAGUUGGAUUUGUGUGUGGGGAAACUUCUCAGAAUCAGGUCCUUUUUAUUUAGGGGCCUAAGCAUGGAAUUAGGCACCUAAUUUUAGCCUAUGCUGCUGCUUUUUCCCCUACCAUGGCCAAGAUUGCCAAAUAUUGAAUGUUUUGGCACCAAACUAAAAGUAAAUACAAUGUAAAGCUGAAAUAUUUUUUCUACCCAUAGAAUAAAACACUCCUGUGUUGGAGUGUAUUUACAAUAGACUUAUCAUUUUUAUAUAUUAUUCUUAUGUCAUGCCUUCAUCAUUUCAGUUAUAUUUGGCUUUAUCUCACUAGCAAGGUAAUUUUUCACACCACAAACCCAUUGUUUCUCUUCCAGAUAUAUAUAGUGAACUUGCAAGCAGGGCUAGUUAUUUUUAUUUUUUAAGCUUAAAGUAUACUAUCUGGUGCAACAAGUACCAACCCACUCUUUUGAAUUUCUUGCACAACUACAUUUAGCUUUUGUAAGUUCAACAUGUAAAUUUUAAAGACAUAAAUAUAGAGACCUAUGUGUUUGAAAUAUGAAUGAUAUAUGGAUUAGCAUGUAACUGUAUAUUAUUAAACAUGCAAUGAACUAACUGGUAAGUGAAGUCUAAUCUUAUGGCUAGCAAUGUAAUUUAUUCAGACUGUAUUUUUGUACAGAACAGUGCACACUAACCUGUUGCCUGUGUGUCCUCUAUAAUGCCUAAAACUGUGCCUCGAGAUUUCAUUUGUCUUUACAAAUCAAUCAACUAAAUACUUCAUGCUGUUGAUGGUAUUAGUUUCUCUAAUGUUGUUCUCUGUUUAUUUUUGGAAAGUGUAUGGUAUGUUUAUUGAAUGAAUCCGUCAAAAUGUGGUUCAUUUUUAAUGGUCAUUAUUAGGGGGAAAAGACAAGUUUUUUAUCUAAGCUGUUUUAAGUUUGCUGUUUUAUUACCAUUUUUGCAUUUCACAACUUUUGUAGCUUACAAGAAGUUAUAUGUGAAAAAGUAACUAAAAUAAAAAAAAGGUUACCCUAACAAAAUGCA